GUGCCACGGAUUGGUCCCGGCCGCGAGCUCUGCUGUGUGGAGCGCGCCGGGUCCCGGAGCCGGCGGCCAGAGGGAUGGACGAGACGAGCCCACUAGUGUCCCCCAAGCGGGCCCAACCCCCGGAGUACACCUUCCCAUCGGGCUCGGGAACUCACUUUCCGCAGGUACCAGGGGGCGCGGUCCGCGUGGCUGCGGCAGCCGGCUCGGGCCCCUCUCCGCCAGUCUCGCCGGGCCACGACCGGGAGCGGCAGCCACUGCUGGACCGGGCCCGGGGUGCGGCGGCCCAGGGCCAGACUCAUACAGUGGCGGCGCAGGCCCAAGCUCUGGCUGCCCAGGCCGCGGUUGCGGCGCACGCAGCGCAGGCCCACCGAGAGCGGAACGAGUUCCCGGAGGACCCCGAGUUCGAGGCGGUGGUGCGGCAGGCCGAGGUGGCCAUCGAGCGGGGCAUCUGCCCUGAGCGCAUCUACCAGGGCUCCAGCGGAAGCUACUUCGUCAAGGACCCUCAGGGGAGGAUCAUUGCUGUCUUCAAACCCAAGAAUGAAGAGCCAUAUGGGCAUCUUAAUCCUAAGUGGACCAAAUGGCUGCAGAAGUUGUGCUGUCCCUGCUGCUUUGGCCGUGACUGCCUUGUCCUCAACCAGGGAUAUCUCUCAGAGGCAGGGGCCAGCCUGGUGGACCAAAAACUGGAACUCAACAUUGUACCCCGUACAAAGGUAGUAUACCUGGCCAGUGAAACCUUCAACUAUAGUGCCAUUGACCGAGUGAAGUCCAGGGGCAAGCGACUUGCGCUACAGAAAGUGCCAAAAGUUGGACAGCGGUUUAACCGCAUUGGGCUACCACCAAAGGUUGGUUCAUUCCAGCUCUUUGUUGAAGGCUACAAAGAUGCAGACUACUGGCUGCGGCGUUUUGAAGCAGAACCUCUCCCUGAGAACACUAACCGGCAACUACUGCUGCAGUUUGAGCGCUUAGUGGUGCUGGAUUACAUUAUCCGCAACACUGAUCGAGGCAAUGACAACUGGCUGAUUAAAUAUGACUAUCCAAUGGAUAGUUCUGGCUCUCGGGAUACAGACUGGGUGGUGGUAAAGGAACCUGUUAUCAAGGUGGCGGCCAUAGACAAUGGGCUGGCUUUCCCACUGAAGCAUCCUGACUCUUGGAGGGCAUAUCCCUUUUACUGGGCCUGGUUGCCCCAGGCAAAAGUCCCAUUCUCUCAGGAGAUCAAAGAUCUGAUUCUUCCAAAGAUAUCAGACCCUAACUUUGUCAAAGACUUGGAGGAGGACCUAUAUGAACUCUUCAAGAAAGAUCCUGGUUUUGAUAGGGGCCAGUUCCAUAAGCAGAUUGCUGUCAUGCGGGGACAGAUCCUAAAUCUGACCCAGGCCCUGAAAGACAACAAGAGUCCUCUGCACCUCGUCCAGAUGCCACCUGUGAUUGUUGAGACUGCCCGAUCCCACCAGCGGUCUGCUAGCGAGUCCUACACACAGAGCUUUCAGAGUCGGAAGCCCUUCUUCUCAUGGUGGUAGCCCUAGAGGCAGGCAGAGGAAAUGCUGUGUGAGACAUGGGCUGGGAGGAAGCCUGGGAGCUGGGUACAAGGAAGCCAGAGAAGCCUGUGGAGAGCAGCCUUUACCAGUCCUCCCUCUCUGCUCAAAGUCACCUCCUUCAGGGCUUUCUCACCCACAGGGAGAAGCACAAUCAAGGACCAGAGUACUCUUGGGCCCUUCUGAGGGGAGGCUGGAGUUCCAGGCCAGAAGUCCAGGUGGCUAGAAGGAGCACCUCCCUUCCAGCAUCUCCUGUGGCAGGCUGGGAAAGUCCCUACCUCCCUGACACCCUGCUCCUUUGUAAUUCCCUAUUAUAUUCUGCAUCAGAAAACGACAACAAAAACAAAUUUAAAUGCUUGUAGCAGAACCCAGAUCCUCUCAUGUCAUAAGCCUUUAAUCCAGACCUAAAUUUGCAUAGACCCAGACAUUCAGGUGCCUGGCAGUUGCUUACUCCAAUGAAACAAGGCUGUGUUACAGGGCCACUGGGUGGCUCCUAGUUUUGGGACAGACAGAAGCCACAGCUUCCUUUUGGGUUUUUGCCAAAUCUUUUCCUUCUCUUUCUACUGGCAGUAGGCUGGCUUCUUGUGGUGCGCAGGAUUUUGCUCUGCAGCUCUCAGUGAUUCUGCACAUGACCUACAGAACCUCUCUGCUCUCUGCCUGAUGCAGCUUGCCUGUUACUCAAGCAGAGGCAUGAGGGGCUACUCUUAGAAUUUCUGUUUUAAUAGAAAGUUGAUGUCCAGCACGUGAUUGUGAUCCAUAUGGCCUAGGUACACACUGGGAGCUGUAAGUGGCUAUGGGUGAAUUUUCCCAGUCUUGCUUCCUGAAUCUUUAGUGCCAGUCCUUCUCUAAUUUGUUGUUUUAAAUAUUUCCCCCUAGCUUUUUUGACUUAGGAGUUCUGUUCAGGUUGUAGAAUGGAUUGCUCUGGGGUGGUCUCAGCUCAUAAGAGGACAGGAUAUCAUCAGGUCCUUGGACUUCUUUAUGUGCUCCCACUGCUGCUUGUAUUGGCAACCAGACUUGCAUUCUGCCUCCUAAUUGGCAGUUUCCCUUUUCUCCCUGGCUUAUUAUCCUGGAUUUGUUUGUCCCUGGCUUCUUGAGAAAGGCAAGGCCCAAAGCAGAAAGGUCUUCAAACUGUCCCCCAGUGCCUGCCCAGCUCAGUGUGCAUCUUCUUGCUUUUAUGUGUCUUUUCCCCAGCUGCCCUGCUUGCCAGGUGUUCAAGCCCUUUCUACACCAAAGCAAAGAAUGGCCUCAGGAGGGAGUAAAAAGCUGUCACCUGUGGUGAGGGGCAGCUGUGUUCAUGUGCUAUGGACACUUUGUGGUUCUAGCACCCUGCGAUUGGUCAAUCAGCCUUGGAAAGAAAGUAUUUUGAAGGUUUGAAAAACAACCAAAGAAAGGGAGUGAGGACUAUGGCUGUGUGCACUCUGCUUGAACAGCUCCUACCAUCCAGGAUACAAAGCAAAGACAUGCAGCCCUCCUGUCAGUUGGGCUAGGCCACUUCCCAUCCCUUCCAGCCCCCCCAGGAACCAGCUUGUCCUGGGCUUCCACCAGCUGACAGGAAGGUCUCAGUGCUAGAUAUGCAUGCCCUGAGGACAAAGGCACCAUUCUCCUGCCUGCCCUGCCCUGACAAUCCCAUCUAGCCCACCUGGACUCUGGCUUUGGGAACCAGGUUUGAGAGAAUACCUGCCUCCUGACCACAGGAGCCAGCAGGGACCCAGUGUGGGUAGCCCUCUGCAGAAAAGACGUCUUCAUGCAAACAUGCUGGCAAGACUCCUUACCUGGGUGCCUGGGAGAGCCAGAGGCACCUGAAGAGGAGCCUGGUACUUUACCAGCUACAUCUGUACUGUCCUGCUUCAGACCAGCUCUGUAGUCGGGAGGAAAUUGGGUCCAAUGUAAAAGGGAGCCAGUCCCAGGUCUGGAAGGCAAGAGUGCAGGGCAUCCUUUCCUGGCCGGUCUCCUCUCUCCUUUGAAGCCUAUACUCAGGCUGCCUUGAAUGUGGACUUUGGGAGAGCUAGGGGCCUUGAGUGCCGGGGCAGGCUUCUGGUGGCACUCUCAGACGGCCUGUCUCUCUGCCAGGCAUAAGCCUGUCCCCCCAGAGGGAGUGGAGGCUGGGCUAUGAGUGCUGUUGCCCCCAUUAUCAUUCUUCUAAUGCACUGUAGAAAUUGUAUGUAAUGUAUUUAAAUCAAUGCAAAUGUAUGAAUAACAAAUCCAAUUCUGACCUUUUUUGUCCAGUUCUCUUUGGGGGAAGGAAGACAAAGAAGGUAGAAUGCAGUUUUAAGGACAAAGAAACCUAUGUUUCCAUGGAGUUGCAGAGACAUGGCUGCUGGGGCUCUUUUCCCCUAGUAGAGCUUCCUUACAGGUCUUUCACUUCCACAGUUCCAGUGCUUGGAAAACCAAAAGUAUUUUCAUGACUCAUUUCAAAACCUUACUGAGCCUAUAUUGAUAUGAUGCUAUUAUUAUUCAUAUGUAUCUCUUAGUGUGAA